CGUAAUAUAUCCCCAUUCCUCACCCGUAAGCACAGUCACAGUAUAGUGAACCAUGGACGCUACAGGGAGAAUGAAAAGAAUCCUUCUCUUGUUGCAUAUUCUCUCCAUAUCAGGUAUGAGUUCUACAACCAUGGUUAACAUCUCUUCAAGUGUGGGCAAGGAUGUCAGUUUACCAUGUGCUGUGAAUUCAAACGAUACCAUCGUUGUCCAGAUUCAAUGGCAGAAACAGGUGGGUCAUCACCAGGAGGAGCAAAUCGUUAUCUACAAUCCAAUUCAUGGGGAAUACAAAUCACCAGGUGACAAGGGAAGUCUAAGAGCCAUUACAAAUCCUUCAAGUGGUCGGCCAGAGAGCUUUCAUUUGGACCUGGAGGAUCUGGAGCUACAGGACAGUGCUCUUUACGUUUGUGACAUCAAUACUUUCCCAUCUGGAACAAGCAGACAAUAUGUGAAUUUGCAAGUCAAAGGUGAAGAGGAUAGAAGUACACCUGCACAUCUACUGACAACAGAGGUGCCUGCCAGUCUUAGCUCAAGGCCGCUUGAGAGGACAACACCGUAUCCAACAAUGUCAAGUAUGAGUUCUACAACCAUGGUUAACAUCUCUUCAAGUGUGGGCAAGGAUGUCAGUUUACCAUGUGCUGUGAAUUCAAACGAUACCAUCGUUGUCCAGAUUCAAUGGCAGAAACAGGUGGGUCAUGACCAGGAGGAGCAAAUUGUGAUCUACAAUCCAACUCAUGGGGAAUACAAAUCACCAGGUCACAAGGGAAGUCUAAGAGCCAUUACAAAUCCUUCAAGUGGUCGGCCAGAGAGCUUUCAUUUGGACCUGGAGGAUCUGGAGCUACAGGACAGUGCUCUUUAUGCUUGUGACAUCAAUACUUUCCCAUCUGGAACAAGCAGACAAUAUGUGAAUUUGCAAGUCAAAGGUGAAGAGGAUAGAAGUACACCUGCAAAUCUACCGACAACAACGGUGCCUGCCAGUCUUAGCCCAAGGACGCUUGAGAGGACAACACCGAAUCCAACCAUGUCAACGCCAGCCAGCGGAGAAAGAUACUGGCCAUUCUUCAUCAGACUGGCCACUCUGACCGUGCUCCUCAUCACAGGUCUUCUCUGCUGCAGGUACCUCUUUCAGAAGAGAACACCCAAGGAGCGUGUAUGAUGAACAGAAGUUGUACUUGUACAAUACCACACAUUUCUAUGCAAAAUGUCUGCCAGGUGACUAAACAGGAAGGAUUUUGAUGGGUUUUUUUUACAUCAAAGGCUCCAUUGUUGGAGAGCAAUCUAUGACAGUGGACCUUUAUUUCACUGUAAACUUUUAUAUAUAACACAAUUCUCCAGUGGUAACAUCUAACUCACUGAUCCACAUUCAGCUUGGUUAUUGUACAAAGUCCUCUAGUUUCACCAGUGUUUCCGGUUGUAGUAGCUUGUAUUUAGCUUAAAAUUAGCAAACUUCUAGCCCUAAUGUCUGAGAGACAAAGGGUCAGUGGAACUAUGGAGUCAGUUCAAAUAGAACUAACAACCUGAGGUUGCGCUUAGCAACCAGAGACAUGAAUGGAAAGUAUCCUGCAGAUGUACAUAUUUAGGUCAAGGUUGUGGUGAAAUCAUGAAAUAACUGUGAUAGUAAUGAGCAAUAUGGUAAGGUAGUGGUAGUGGUAGUGGUACGAUACUGCUGCUACUGCCAUUGUUGGCACAGUGCAAGGCAGAGAUCGCAUAAGUUCCUGUAACUGUGGUGUGUUCACUGUAUAAAUGGUGUGUUUUUGCUUUAGAUGUUUUGUAUAUUCUAUGUUUCAUUUUAUAUGUAAUGUUAGAAUGAUGACUUUUCUAUGAUUGUUAGCAGUCCUACUAAUGAUAUUUUUUGUGAAAUAAAACAGAAGAGAACUC